CGUGAACUCUCCGUGCGAAAAUACACAGAAAUCAAAAUGGCGAAGCUGUUGUCUGAUUAAGUUUUUGAACAUGAAAGGAAUUCCUCGAUGACUUCCCAAUAAGUGAGCUUUAGAAAAACCAUAAGAAUCCGGCAUCGAGAUUUCACACAGAUUCAGUUCAAAUUGCGAGGAAUUUUCUGAACAUAAACAGUUGCAGCUAACAGUGAUGAUCGCCAACGAAUGUCGCAACAUCAUUUUGCCAUUUUGUACAUCGUUUAAUUCAUUUACGAAUUGACGAUUUUGCAUGCCCGUGCGACUUAUCAUGCAACAUAUUUGUAUAAUUUCUGGAAACUAUUCCUAGUCUAUAAAGAAUUUGGGAAACCACAAUCGAAAAUUAUACGUUGUAUAAAACGUAGAACCUAUCUGACAAUCAAAUGCUUUUCACUUUACCGGUAGUUAAAUUCUUAAUUAUAUCGUGAAAAAUAUUUUGAUACUUCUUCUAUGACAUUCUGUUUGACGUUGCCAAGUUCAAGUAGAUACUACGUGAUAAAACGGAUAAAACAUAGUAUGCAUGUGAUUUUCACGUAGAUGUUAUGUUUGUCACAUAAAUCAUGCAAAAUAACAGAAAAUGAAUAAGUACAGGAAACUUCACGUAACAAUAAUGUGAAAAAUAUUUUGAGUAACGUCUCAGCAUUCAGAAAUGCACUGUUAGAUUAAAUUGCAGGAAAUACUAGCGUUACAAUUCCAUCUAUUAUUUGGUUAGAUAGAAUAUAAGAACAUUAGUUCAACGUCAUGCGGUUAUGUCUUGGAUACCACCCGCACAAUAUUUUUUCACACGAAUCUUGGAAUUAACUGUUUUUUACGGAAUUUAUGUGGUUUUUUACGUACCAUGUAUUUCCCGCGUUAAAAGCUAUUCCAGGGUAUAUCAACUUGCUGUUGAAGAUUGCGUUUUUGAUCCACUACCGAAUUAUGACUUAUUCAUAUGAGCAUCCAUUACAAAUCAAUCUAUUUUGGCUAUUUGAACCGAUUAGCAAUUAAAAUAACGUUUAACUUACAGAAAUCUAAACGAAAGCAGAUUUUCAAAUAACACAAUUCUUAGCAGCACCUUUUCCUUCAUCAGUUUUAAGUAAAAUUCUAACAUCAAAUCAUAAUGUUGGUUAAAAAAAAGAUUUAGAGUCACAAACAUAGCAUUAAAUUGGUCUAGGCUCAUGGAAGCAAACAUUCAUUGACCUGUUGGUACGAGGAUAUUUUGUCGAAUUUAUUACGAACACAGAAAUAAAUGGGGUCAAAAUCGCGUGCUUCCAUGUGAUUGCAUGAACUAAACAAAUCAGAUUAAUUAUGUAACUUGGGGCAGUUAUCAAAGUCCAAAACCCUUCAUAAAACGUUUGUUAGAAAUGAUUUUUUGUACCUUUGAAGUUAGACGUAGUCUUACAUCCUACAACAAACAUACCUAUAACGAUUUAGUGUACACUAAUAUUACAUCUACGCAUACACAAUUGUUACUAUAAGUCAAGACAUAUCACUACGUAUAUCGAGACUAUUCUUUUGAUGGCACGUUUAAUGUUUAAAAAUAGUGUAUAUUCGCAUACGGCUUGAAAUAAGCUGUUGGCGGCACGUUUCUGAGUGCCAGUGACUCUUAGGAGAGAAUGAAAAUAGGAUCAUCAUGAGCUGCCCGGUAAAGGUACUGGAAAACGCUGAGCUAGGUCGCUAUAGUGUAGCUGAUCGUAAUAUAAACGCAGGUGAGGUUCUUUUCGAAGAAAACCCAUUUGCCAUUGGACCAAAAGCGGACAGUUUUCCGGUAUGUUUAGAAUGUUGCCGUUCAGUCGAUGGAAAUGCAGGUGGUCCAAAAUGCCCGCUUUGUGGAUGGCCUAUGUGCGAGGAUUGUAGUGAAAACUUGAAUAACAUCGUGAACCAUAAAAAGGAAUGUGCCCUCUUCGUUGAAAAUAAGGUUAAAUUUCAGAAUGUUAAAGAUUCGAAUGCCAGUUGCGUGCAAUUGGAUUGUAUAACUCCAUUAAGAGUUUUGUUGCAAAAGGAAGAUCAAGCUGAAAGAUGGAAUGCAGAAAUUACUCUCAUGGAAUAUCAUCCAGAUGCACGAAAGGAUACUGCGAUUUGGAAAGCUGACCAGAGAAAUGUCGUUGAAUACUUGCGGGGACCGUGCGGUUUGAAAGAUUGUUUCAGUGAAGAAUUGAUACAGCGAGUGAUCGGAAUUCUAGCAGUCAAUGCGUUUGAAGCACGAACCAAUUGCGGAAGUGCCAUACGUGGACUUUACCCUAAAUUAGCGAUUAUGUCACACUCAUGUGUUCCAAAUGUCGUGCAUUCGAUUUAUCCCAGCGAUAAUUACAGGCUAGUUGCAAGAGCAGCGGUUGAUGUCGCAGAAGGUGAAAAAUUGCACACUACUUACACUUACACGUUGUAUGGAACAAGUUUGAGACAAAAUUCAUUGAAAGUUGGAAAAUAUUUCACAUGCCACUGUGCGCGAUGUUUGGAUCCUACGGAAUUGGGAACGCAUUUCAGUUCGCUAAACUGCGAAAGAUGUUGCAACGGGUUGAUAGAAUCAAGCAAUCCCUUAGAUGAUCAAGCUGACUGGAAAUGCACACAUUGUGAAUUUACAAUCAAAGGUGAAACUGCUUUAAAGAAGACGCAAUAUAUGCAAAAUGAAGUGGAUAAAGUAGGUUGCCUGAAUGACGGACGAGAAAAGUUGGACAUUUACGAGCGUCUCUUGCAAAAUUUCACGACUAUUCUACACCCAUUGCAUUUUAUCAACACAACCAUUCGGGAUAACCUAAUUCAGCUCUAUGGCAGGAUCCCCGGUUAUAGGAUGUCAGAACUGCCAGAUACCUUGUUGGAACGCAAAGUAGAACUGUGUAAAGAUGUUCUUAAAAUUUUGAACGUAUUUGAGCCUGGCAAGAGCCGUGCUCGGGCUAUGGUUUUAUAUGAGCUGCAUGCACCCAUUGUUUUACUAGCUAAAUCAAAUUUAAGCCGCGGAAAGUUAGAAGUGAAUGAAUUUAAAAAAAAAUUAGAAUUAGCGAUUGAAUUGCUGCAAGAGUGCGCAACUAUACUGGAAUGGGAAGAUUCUUGCACAUCGGAGGGUAUUUUAGCACGUAUUUCAAAACAGGCCGCUCUACAAUUGAAGCAAACCAGACAAAUGUUUAGUUAGUUGUAUAAGCCGACGCUUCAAGCAUUUGAAAAAUUUAAAAUGAAAUAA